AUGAAGGUCCUCCUACUGCUGCUUAUAUUCCUCACAGUUUCUGGAUAUUCAUAUGUGUUGCAACCCAGAUUGACAGUGGCCCAGAUAGCUGAGCUGGACAGAGACAAGUCUGAUAUGAAGAGUGAGCAACUGGGAGAUGUUUCAAUUUCAGUGGAAGAAGAAGACAAGGACGCCGAAUCCACUGAGGAAAGGAAAAGACAGGAUAAACAGAUGGUUUCAGCCAAACCACGACUGACAACUGCCAAAACACCUUCAAUGAGGUCAAUGAAAAACAGUAGUAAAAAUAAGAAAAUUAAGAAUUCCAAGGAAAAGAAAAGUAGAAAGGACAAGAAAACACAAAAGCCACCACCGAAGAAGAAGGUUGUGAAUCCAACAACCUUCCCUUACUUCAAGGAUGACUACUGUCCUCCUGAGUGUGCCUGCUAUGGAAGGGUGGUCCAGUGCUCAGACAAAGGUGUGGACAAGGUUCCUUACGGUAUCCCCUAUAACUCCCGCUACAUCCUCCUCAUGAAUAACCACAUCGACAGCAUCCAGCUGGACCUGCUCAAUGAGUACGCCUCUAUGGAGUUCCUAGUGUUAAGCAACAAUCGUCUAAAGGAUGCCACCAUAGAGGGGGCCUUCGAGGGGAUCCCGGCUUUGAAGCGCCUCUACCUGAAUAAAAACCUCUUAAUCAGUGUGCCAGGUGAUCUUCCCCUUUCUCUCGAGGAGCUUCGUUUGGACAAUAAUCGCCUGAGUGUGAUGUCUGAGGCUGCCUGGGCCAGUUGCCCCGGCCUCUUGAUUUUGAGCCUGAGUAACAACAGCCUAGGGAAUGGAUCUGAAUCUCUUCCUAAUGCAGUGUUCUCUCCUUUGAGCAAGCUGCGCACUCUGAACCUGGAUCACAACCAGUUGACUUCAGUUCCUCUGGGCUUACCCCUUUCCAUCAAGGAGCUCUACCUCAAAGGGAACCUCAUUGAGCAAUUCCGUGGAGGAGCCUUCAAUGGGAUAUCAGAGCUGAUAGUGUUAGAUCUGAGUUCAAACAGAUUGACAAACAACGGUCUUCUCAAGUAUUCCCUUCUCAAUGCAACUCACUUGGAAAGCCUCAACUUAGAGGGUAACCGACUUAAACAAGUACCCCAACACCUUCCCCACUCACUUAAAACACUAAACCUGGAGGGAAACCUUAUAUCUGCCAUAAAGAAAGCGGUUUUCAGAACCUUGAAAAACCUGGAACACCUGGGUUUAGCAAGGAACACGAUCUUCAAAGUGGCACCAGGGGCCUUCAAGACAUUGCCAGUCCUGCAUCAGUUGGACCUGUGUCACAACACUUUGCGCCAGGUGCCCAGACAGCUCCCUAUGGCUCUGCACUCAGUCGCCCUCACCCACAACAAGAUUCAAACAGUGCCUCGGGAUGCUUUCUGCUGGGGUAAUACAAGUUAUAGUCUCAGUGGGCUUGUACGAGUGCAUUUGGAACACAAUUUAAUCGAUAUGGGGAAGUUGGAUGCACAGGCUUUUAAGUGCCUACGGGGAUUCCAAGUGGUGCACUUCUACUGA